AUGAAUCCAUCGAUUAACUAUAUGCCAGCACUCUUAAUUCGUUAUUUAAUACUUUUAAUCAAUACUUAUUUUGGUGGUUAUUUUUUAAGAAAUCGUUCACUCAGCAUGCAUACUAUUUCAUUUUCUAUAAAAUAUUGGUCUAGAGGAACUGUACAAAGUUUGUUUUUGAGGCAUGAAGGAUAUUUAGGAGCAAUUGGGGCGUUUUUAAAAGGCACUGAAGAAUGUGAUGGUGACAAGUUUUCAUGGUUGGAAAAUUAUGCUGGUAGUGGAAGUAACCGUACUCAGUUAUCGUUUGGCAAACGAGUAGACCAACUCGAACUUGAUCGUUGGGAAUCCCCUUUAACAUUUUGCCCACUACUCAAAGAUCCAUCUAGUUACAUUCCAGAUACAGUUGACUUAAACUCAGAUAAAGAAGCUAGAGAAUAUUGGUUAAAUUGCUUUGAAGAAAGUAUAGAAAAUUAUGUGAAUUAUGCGAUUGCCAGUCAACCAACUAGUGAUACAGCUGAAAAACGGGCUGCCAUGUUCAAGGAAAAAUUUAUUUCUCGGGUGCAAUUGCUUAAAAUAAAACCUUUUGCUUAUGGUAAUUUGACUGUGAGGGGUCUUCUUGAUACGAUCAAUCAAUGUCUAAAAGAAUUUGAUUUUCCUGAUCCGUAUUUAACUCAAAAACAAACAGAAAAUGAAUAUGCAUUAACAUGUCUUAAAGAACGAUUAGAAGAAUUAGAUUCUUUAGAUCUAGAGGAAAGACAAAAAGAACUAAUCAUGGGUGUCUUGGCAGGAAAUACUUUUGAUUGGGGUGCUAAGGAAACCGUAGCUCUAAUGAAAACUGGUGAAUUUGAUUUUAAACAAGCAAGGAAUCGAAUACCUGCUAGACCUUGGUUAAUUGACAGUCUGGAUCAGUGGGUUGAAAAAAUAUGCUACAAGCCAUACCAAAAAAUUGCAAUUUUCAUAGAUAACAGUGGUAUUGAUAUAGUUUUGGGAAUACUACCGUUGGCUAGAGAAAUGCUACGUCAAGGCUCAAGAUUAAUACUGUGCGCCAACUCAGCUCCAGCACUUAAUGAUGUCACUCAUUCAGAACUUGUUGUACUAUUACGUCAAAUUGCGACUAUUUGUCCUAUUAUUUCUAAAGGAUUAGAUGAAGGCAAGUUGAAAUCAAUGGAGACAGCUCAAGGUGGACCAUGUUUAGAUCUCAGGUAAAAAAUACAUGAUAAAUACUGAACAAAUGACCAUUUUAACA